GGUACUUAUACAAAUAGUUUACGUUAUAAGCUCAGACCUGAUUACUGAUAAGCACAAGCAUAAAAUUUAUAAGAAUCAGUCAGAACGAAGUCAGCCGAACAGGAAAAUUUUAUAUAGGUAUGUAAUAAAUAAUCGACGACUUCAGUGGUUUAGCCAUUUAAUACAUCGGUUUUUAUCGCCGAUUUGAUUCCCGCACGCAACAAAGAUUUUAUUCCUUCGAGUAGGUACCUAUGUUUGUAUUAACACCCACCGGUGUUCAUUAUAAAUAUACACAUUUUGUAUAGGUAUAUGUACCUACAUAUUUACAAAAAAUGUAUACCUUAGCAUUUCAAUCAGUUGUUGUUCUUUAGCACCUCCCUAUGGUAAAUAAAUUAAUAAGAGCGCAGUCGGAAAUGCUGGUAAAAGAGGACUCCUCCAAAGCUAUAAAUGGACAGUUAUUACUGCGGAACCCUAUUUAUCACGUUCAAAAUGUCCUUAGCCUGCUUUUUUUUCUCUGAGUCAGGCUAUAUUUAUUUACGGAGUCAUGUCAUGUUUAAAGAUCACAUUUCAAUUAACCGCGUCGAACAAAUCAGUUGUAUCGAAUCACUAUUUACAAAGUGUCGUUUAGUGAAAUACGUCUUUAUUCGAUAUAUUUAAAAUGAUAUGGUUUAAUGAUAACGUUUCAUUGUUACACUAUUUUUCUAUAAAGGUAUUGAAGACCGGUCGUGUGCCUGAGCACAUCGCCUUUAUAAUGGACGGGAACCGUCGUUAUGCGAAAAAAAAAGGUGUAAAGAGCGACGUAGGUCAUAGUAAGGGUUUCGAUAAACUUACGGAAAUUUUAAAGUGGUGUUCAGUACUUGGUGUCAGAGAAGUUACCGUUUAUGCUUUUAGUAUUGAAAAUUUUAAACGGACUCAAGAAGAAGUAAAUACUAUCAUGAAUAUAGCAUACGAAAAGUUGAAAUGUUUUUUAGAGGAGAUUAACGAAGUAAAUAACUUAGGACUACGCCUUGUUAUAACUGGGAGACUUUCUCUUCUACCGAAAGACUUCAACGCCAUUGCUUCAUCCUGUAUGAUUGCAACUAGACGCAAUAAAAAGUUACGACUCAAUAUUGCUGUUGCUUAUACAGGUCGAGAUGAAAUCAGUCGUGCUGCAUCACAUAUAGUAGACCGUGUCAAAAAUAAACAACUUACUCCGGAUGACAUUGAUGAGGAUCUCAUAACCUCAUCAUUAGAACUUGGAGAACCUGAUCUUUUGGUGAGGACGUCUGGUGAAGUCAGGCUGUCUGACUUCAUGCUUUGGCAGGUAUCAAAUACUGUACUGUACUUCUGUGAUGUUUUAUGGCCUGAAUUAACAAUUUGGAACUUGUUAGCAGCUAUAAUACACUACCAGAGACAUGCUCCAGCUUCCAAAGCAGUGAUGCCAUUCAGUAAGACUAGACAGAUGUUUUUAGAUCAAUUAAAUAACAGAAGACUUCAACAACGACUUAACGAGGUUUCGUUAACUCAAUAAAACAACAUU